UUGGGAAAGUCUGGUCCUCCUGGUCAACUUGAAAGUUCCAAAUACUUACCUGUACCUGAUGCUGCUGAUAAAAUCAGGAUGGCUUUAAACUCAGGAUCGCGGCCAGGUGUCGGGCCUUACUAUGAAAACCACGGAUACCAACCUGAAAGUGUCUACCCCCCGCAGCCCCCCGGGGCCCACAGGCCCUAUGGGGCGUAUCCGGCUCAGUACCACCCGCCCUCGGUCCCCCAGUAUGCCCCGAGGGUGCAGACGCACGCUUCCACACCCGCCGUCGUCGUCAGCAGGCAGCCCAAACCCCGAUCCAGGACGAUGUGCUCUUCAAAGACCAAGAAAGCGCUGUGCAUCACCUUUGCUCUGGGGGCCAUCCUGGCAGGAGCAGUGCUGGCCACUGUCCUGCUCUGGAAGUUCAUGGAGAAGAAGAGGUGCUCCACGCCCGAGAUGGAGUGCGGCUCUUCUGGGACCUGCAUCAGCCCCUCUCACUGGUGCGAUGGCAUCCUGCACUGUCCCGGCGGCGAGGACGAGAACCAGUGUGUUCGCCUGUACGGACCCAACUUCAUUCUUCAGGUGUACUCGGCUCAGAGGAAGUCCUGGUACCCAGUGUGCCAGGACGACUGGACUGAGAACUACGGGAGGGCGGCGUGCCAGGACAUGGGCUACCGGAAUAGCUUUUUUUCUAGCCAAGGAAUCGCCGAUGACAGCGGGGCCACGAGCUUUAUGAAGCUGAACAAAAGUGCCAACAAUAUGGAUCUCUAUAAAAAGCUGUACCACAGUGACGUCUGUACUUCGAAUACGGUGGUUUCUUUACGCUGUAUAGAGUGCGGAGUCUCCGGGAAGAUGAGCAACCGCCAGAGCCGGAUCGUGGGCGGGUCCAGCGCAGCGCUGGGCGACUGGCCCUGGCAGGUCAGCCUGCACGUCCAGGGCAUCCACAUCUGCGGAGGCUCCAUCAUCACCCCCGACUGGAUUGUGACGGCCGCCCACUGCGUGGAGGAACCUCUGAACAAUCCCAAGAUCUGGACCUUUGCAGGAAUUUUGAGACAAUCGUUCAUGUUUUACGGCAGCGGAUACCGAGUGGCCAAAGUGAUUUCCCACCCGAACUAUGACCCCAAGACCAAAAACAACGACAUUGCUCUGAUGAAGCUGCAGACGCCAAUGACCUUCAACGACAAAGUGAAGCCGGUGUGUCUGCCCAACCCAGGCAUGAUGCUGGAGCCGACACAGUCCUGCUGGAUUUCCGGGUGGGGGGCCACCUACGAGAAAGGGAAAACCUCGGAGGUGCUGAACGCCGCUAUGGUGCGCCUCAUCGAGCCCUGGAGCUGCAACAGCAAGCAAGUGUACAACAACCUGAUCACGCCCGCCAUGAUCUGCGCAGGGUACCUGCAGGGAUCCGUCGACUCCUGCCAGGGUGACAGCGGAGGUCCUCUGGUCACUCUGAAGAGCAGCAUCUGGUGGCUGAUUGGGGACACCAGCUGGGGGUCCGGCUGUGCCAAGGCUUACCGACCGGGAGUGUACGCGAACGUGACAUUAUUUACAGACUGGAUUUAUCGACAAAUGAGGGCAAACAGCUAAUCCCUCGAGCCUUGGCCCUUCGCACCACUCCGCGAGAAAACGAAGGCACUGAUUUGUCAUCCCCGUGCGUAACCUAUUUUCAGGAAUGAUCCCCAGGUCCUCUGGUGUUUAUGAAAUAGUGAACCCGUCUGAUUUGGCGCUCUCCAGGGUCCUGUGCUGGCUGCGCGUUCCUUCCCGGCCCCUCAUCUGAAUAGUGAGGCUGGCCGGCGGUGGCCACCCAAGGCCAGUGCAGAGCAGGGGGUGGGGUCUGGCCCACUGGGGUCACCCUUUGGAACCCCUUCCCGGGGGGCCACUCUUGCACGCCCUGGGGGCUGGUGACUUCUCAGCUGCUGGACGGCUGGAGAUGGAAGAGAGAAAGCCAGGCAGACACUGCGGGGGCCACCCUCGCGCCCCCCGGGACCUCUCUUCCCCCGAGAGAGUUUAAUCAUUCUUUUUAAGUGCCUUCUUCGCAGCCCCGGCUGGUGCCUGGAAAUAAAGGGACCAGCUCUUGCCGGCUUAUGACUCCAUAGCCACUUGCAAGGGGCACGGAAACCUGGUGAGGGUGUAGACGGCGCCCUCAGAGCAGGUGCCCCCCCCCGCCCCCAUCCUGAGCACUGCUGGGACUGGGGGCCCUGUGUGUUGGGUGGGGCUCCACCCCCGGAGACCAGCCUUACACCCCGCCUCCUCCCAGUCCCUCUCCCCAGCCUCCCGGGAGACUGUGGGACACCCCCCCCAACACUGUGGUCCUGGGGGGCUGGUGCUGCUGACCCUUUUAAGACCUGUUAAUCACGUGGAAAUUGAGGUCCCCCGGGGAAAUCAGGGAUGCUGAUUAAACGACACUGUUUCCUACUGUAAAAUUUCUACACGUUGCUACCUCAGUGCUCACGGAAUCUGGGCCGUGCCCCCUAAGGCGUUCCUCCCCUUGGUUCUUUGAAACCACUGUGGUCCUUUGCCACGUGUGAGCAGUGGCCGGCGUGAGCUGCUUUUACAAAGCGACUGGCUCCUCAUUCAAUGUUCUCUACGGGACGCACUGAAGCACGGCACUGUGGCAAAGAAGAUGGGGGCCUCGGGGCUCCCUGUGGCCCCUUCUGGCCCCUGAGGUUCCCCAGAGGGAAGGUUGGGCCUGAAUUGCGGAGUGUGACGUGUCAACGCAGAGAUCCUCGCAGACACACUGAGAACGAAGCGAGCAGUUCUGCGCUGGGACCUAAGCUUGGAUGGAGGCAGUACGAUCCCCUGGCAGGAUGCAUCCGUGCCACGCACGUCUUGGGCCACAGCAUCCCCAGGGAGGGGCCGUGCAGACAGACGUGUCUGCUCCCAGAGCCAGAUUUUAAAAAAAGCGUUGUCGCGGGGUGAAGGCAUCCCUUCUUUAGGGCUCCUUUUAAUUUAUGUGACGUCUGUUCUGGUCUCUGUUUUGUAUCUUUUUUUAACUGUAAAAUUCAGUUGUGAAAAAUUGUGCAAAUAAAUUAUACAUUUUUUUUUUCCAAA